AUGGCUGGUUCUGAAGAGGCUGCGGUAGCCCCUCCUAACAAACGCCCUCAUUCCGAGGUCGAAGCCGCUGACAAUGGCGAUGAUUCCUCCUCGGACGAUGACUUUGGUCCCGCGCUGCCCUCUGAGGCAGCUCCCAAGAAGAAAAGACGAAAGCUGCCCUUCGAGAAGGUGUACGUCAACGCGCUGCCCGCCUCGGCGCGGUACUCCAAGUCGCUGAUGCACAAGGACCAAUUGUCCUUUGUGACGGUCACUCCAUUCACGGAUUUUGUGAUUACCAGCUCGGUGGAUGGAGUGGUCAAGUUUUGGAAGAAAAUGGCCGACGGGAUUGAGUUUGUGAAGGAGUUCCGGGCCCAUCCAGGCGAGAUUCGCAGUGUCAACGUCAGUGCCGACGGUCGUAGUUUUGCGACGGCGGGUGUGGAUAAGACAGUUAAGAUCUUUGAUGUUAUUACCUUUGAUCUACUAGCCAUGUAUACACUCGAAUUCGUCCCUCGAUGUGUAUGCUGGGUGCAUCGACGAGGAGCAUCCCUCCCCUUGCUCGCUGUGACCGACGAGUCAAGCAGUACUUUCCAAGUCUUUGAUGGACGUGGCGAGAACCCGCAGCCCCUGCACACGGUCAAGUCGGUUCACCGCUCGCCAAUCGUCUCCAUGGCAUUCAACAAUACGUUCGAUUGUGUCAUCUCGGCCGAUGAGUCGGGCAUGAUCGAGUACUGGCGCGCAGGAGAUGGGUCUUUCGAAAAGCCGGAUAAUGUCUUUGAGCUCAAGUCGUCUACAAACUUGUUUGCCUUUAAGAAGGCCAAGUCUACGGCUACUGGGAUCACCAUUUCACCCUCGGGCGAGCAUUUUGCUACAGUGUCUUUCCCCGAUCGCCAGAUCCGCGUGUUUGAAUUUGCGACGGGUAAACUCUACCGCACGUACGACGAGUCCAUCGCAACUAUCAUGGAAAUGCAACAAGCGGGUACUGCACCUUACCAGCUAGAGGAGGUUGAGUUCGGGCGUCGACUUGCAGUCGAACGAGAAUUGGAAGGCGAAGCGACCCGGGGCAAGGUGAACGUAUCCUUUGAUGAGUCCGGCCAUUUCUUGCUUUACGGCUCAUUGUAUGGAAUCAAGUGCAUCAACACGUAUACGAAUCGCGUGGUGCGAGUAUAUGGUCGAGAGGAACCUUUCCGAGCACUGAACCUGGCUUUGUACCAGGGCCAGCCGCAGCGCAAGGGUGUUGUCACCGUUUCCAUGGCCGCUAGCAGUAACCCUCUCCUGCAGGAGGCCGAGGAGCGCGAUGCCAUUCUCGUCAGCACUGGAUUUGCCAAAGUCCGUUUCUACCUCUUCACCAACGAGACCGAUAUCUCCAAGAGCAGCCGUGAUAUCCAAAACGAGAAACCUACCCAAGUCGCCGGUGCCUCUGAUACAGGCGCAACGAAGCCUCAAGAGACCGGUACUGCGGCAGUUCUACACACCACCAUGGGCGACAUCCACCUCCGCCUAUUCCCGACCGCUGCACCCCGUACCGUGGAGAACUUUGUCACCCAUGCCCGACAAGGAUACUACAACAACACGAUCUUCCAUCGAGUGAUCCGCAAAUUCAUGAUCCAGGGUGGUGACCCUCAAGGUGACGGCACAGGCGGUGAAUCCAUCUGGGGCGGAGAAUUUGCAGAUGAAUUCUCCAGUCUGCGACACGACAAGCCGUAUACCCUCUCCAUGGCCAAUGCCGGACCCAACACGAAUGGAAGUCAAUUCUUCAUUACUACCGAGAAAACUCCCUGGCUGGACAAUAAGCACACGGUCUUCGGGCGCGCUGUGCAAGGUCUCGACGUGGUGCAUAAAAUUGAAAAUGUCAAGACGCAUAAGGAAAAGCCCGAGGUAGACGUGAAGAUUGUCAGUAUCAGCAUUUCUUAA